AUGGUAUCCAUUGAAGCCACAAAAUUCGAACGCAUAAUUUGGAUUAGGAUUGUUGGACUCCCUCUCCGACUAUGGAAUAAUUCCAACUUCUCUACUAUUGUAAGAAAGAUCGGGAAAAUCGUGGUGCCUAUAGACCAUAUCACAAAUCGUGUUUACCUCUUUGUGGUGAAGUUAGCCAUACUCACAGACAAAUUAACAAAACUUAAUAAGGAGAUUCAGGUGGAAGCUGAUAGUCGAUCUUUUCACGUUGGAAUCGUUGAAUACGAAGACAAACCAUGGUUCCCCUUCAAGUUUGACAAUGAAGAACAUCCAUAUGAAGAUCAGGACCUGGAUGAUCAAACUGAAAAUGAAUUUAUGGUAAGUGAGUCAAAGCACUGGAACUCUACUAAAGAAGAUGAAGAUGAAGGCGCCUUUGCAACAUGGAUUAAUGAAAUGGAGGAGGGGGAAAUCGUUCAGGAUGGGAAUCUUAACUCUCCAAUCUAUCCUAUGAAAGAAAAGACUAAUGAAGGUAGUGAUGACCCAACACUGUCAUGCAUGGUGGCCGGAGAUGACAUGCAUCAUCUCCAUAGAAUAGAAUCGUCGGUGAAGACCGGCAAUUCCAGUGAGGAAAGAACGAUUUUCGAGAAUAGGGUCUACGAACCGACACUCAAUUUCCAAGAAAUUCAAAAGACAAUGGUAUGA